CUCGAGUGAUUUCGACGAAUUAUUGCUAUCGGGAAUUCUGGACGUCGAGGAAUUGAGCAGAAAGAAUUCCUCAAUAAUGCAUGACCUUAUGCAAGAGGGGCUAUGGGAUUCAAUUGAUGAACCCAUACCUCUUAUACCACUAUCUGACGAUGUCUAA